AUGACUUCUGUCCCCACAGCCAACUGGAACAUGAGCAUGAGCAGCGGGUGGAACUUGAGCUUUGCUGCAGCGGGUGAUCCCUGGGGACAGACGCUGGGAGCACCAACUGGAAAUGCUUCUCCCCCUGUAGCAUCCUUAGCAGCCAACUUCUCCAAUCAGUUUGUGCAACCCUCAUGGCGCAUUGCCUUGUGGUCCCUGGCUUAUGGUGGUGUUGUGGCAGCGGCCGUUUUUGGAAAUCUCAUUGUCAUCUGGAUUAUCCUGGCUCAUAAGCGCAUGAGGACAGUGACCAAUUACUUCCUGGUGAACCUGGCCUUCUCCGAUGCCUCCAUGGCUGCUUUCAAUACUCUCAUCAACUUCAUCUACGCACUGCACAGUGAGUGGUAUUUUGGAGAGGCUUAUUGCCGCUUCCACAACUUCUUCCCAAUCACAGCUGUCUUCGCCAGCAUCUACUCCAUGACAGCGAUAGCUGUGGACAGAUACAUGGCCAUUAUUGAUCCCUUGAAACCUAGGCUCUCUGCAACUGCUACCAAGGUGGUCAUUGGGAGCAUAUGGAUUUUGGCUUUCCUGUUGGCCUUUCCCCAGUGCCUAUACUCCAUAACCAAGGUGAUGCCUGGGAGAACUCUUUGCUAUGUAGCAUGGCCAGGUGGUCCAAAACAGCAUUUUACGUAUCAUGUCAUUGUGAUUGUGCUGGUCUACUGCUUUCCACUGCUUGUCAUGGGCAUCACCUAUUCCAUAGUGGGAAUUACCCUCUGGGGAGGAGAAAUACCAGGCGACACAUCCAACAAAUAUCACGAGCAGCUCAAAGCUAAGAGAAAGGUGGUAAAAAUGAUGAUUGUCGUUGUGCUGACAUUUGCCAUCUGCUGGCUGCCUUACCACAUUUACUUCAUAGUUACUGGGAUCUAUCAACAAUUAAAUCGGUGGAAAUACAUUCAGCAAAUCUAUUUGGCCAGCUUUUGGCUUGCCAUGAGCUCUACAAUGUACAAUCCAAUUAUCUACUGCUGUCUUAAUAAGAGGUUCCGAGCUGGCUUCAAGCGAGCUUUCCGCUGGUGCCCUUUCAUUGAGGUGUCCAGCUAUGAUGAGCUAGAGCUCAAGGCAGCCAGGUUUCAUCCCACCCGGCAAAGUAGCCUAUACGCUGUGUCCAGAAUGGAGUCCAGCAUGACGGUGGUGUUCGACACUAAUGAUGGAGACAACACCCACAGCAGCCGCAAGAAAAGAGCAGCUCCAAGAGACGCGAGUUUCAAUGGCUGUUCACAGAGGAAUUCCAAGACCGUCUCCACAGCCUCAAGUCUCAUCAGUUCACUGCAUACAUCAGCAGAAGAUUAUUCCUAA